CUUGAUGGACAGACCGCUUCGAGACCAUAUCCGGCUAGGGAAAAGCCCCGAAGCUAUCGAAGUUUCGAAUCGGGAGGCCCGUUUUGGUCGGUCGGAUGCUCUCCGGUCGAUCCACCCGAGCAGGAUUCGAUUCAAGCGGACUUGCACAUGCGAUAGGUCGGCCUCCUCAGCAUAAUGGGGAAACCCUCUGCGCCCGACGACUUUUGCUCCAACUCCCUCGAGGAGUCGGAACUAUUGUCGCUACUCCAGACUCUGGCCAGGCGGGUUUUCGAAUUGAGUUUCUUCCCGACUAUACUAAGAAUAGCCAAUCCCGCUUGGCCAGCCACCAUCCCCGACCUUCUCCAUUGCUGCGUCUCAGGCUGCUCUGAUCCAAGAAUCGCCCAGGAACAGCUCAUUUUGGCUUCAUCCGUGCUGAUGUCACUAUUCUCGGCACUGCUACUUGUAAUGAGGACAAAAAUGGAGCUGAGCAACAUAGAGCGUAUCUUAAUUCCAUUGCCGCUGUUCUAGGAAUUGAUGGCUGCUAGUUGCUCUUCAUGUUGCCCGUACACGGACCAUCUCGCGAGACCCAUCCAGAACAAAAGCAGCAUCUGCACCCCUAGCGCGUUUCAAUACAUUGCUCGGAAUUCUUCGCUCUCUACUACU